AUGGCCGAGGUCCCACCGGAGCAGUUGGAUGCGCAAUUCCACACCCUGCCACACGCCUUUAACCAAACCCCUCCCAAAUCCACCAAAGAAUCGCAAGAUGGUGACUCCAAAGCCCCAUUACCCAAGGGCGUAGUCCUCGAUAAGGAUGGCAAGCCCUGCCGAACCUGUACAUCAAUCGCCUCAUGGCGCGCCCUCACAAAGCAACAAUCGCAAACCUCCCCCUCCUCUGCUUCAUCAUCAACCUCGACCACAAGCUCCACCCCAGCAACAACCUCACAGUCCACCCCUCAACCCACCGAAGUCCCAUCCGACUGUCCACCCGACGUUGAACAACUCGGCCGCUCAACCUGGACCCUCCUGCACACGAUGGCGGCUACAUACCCCGACAAGGCCUCUGCGCAACACCAAGAAGACAUGCAGGGGUUCCUGAAGUUCUUCUCCAAGCUAUAUCCAUGCUGGGUGUGUGCGGACGAUUUCAGGACUUGGAUGGCACAUCCGAGUGGGCGGAAUCAGCCCAAAUUGGGUGGGCGGAAGGAGUUUGGGUGGUGGAUGUGUGAGGCGCAUAAUGAGGUGAAUCGGAAGUUGGGGAAGAAGGAGUUUGAUUGUCGCCUUUGGGAGGAGAGGUGGAGGACUGGGUGGAAGGAUGGCCGGUGUGAUUGA